UCAGAUCACGCGGGCCAUAUCAGAUCGAACUCCGCCAACAGACCCCGCGAACAAACCCGCGUCCUGGAUUCCGAUCUCCCGCCGCCCGCCGCCAUGGACCAGAGCCGGUGGCCCGACCUCGCGCCGGAUCUGGCCCGCGACAUCUCCGGCCGCCUGCACGUCGCCGAUGACUUCGUCCGCUUCCACGCCGUCUGCAAGCCAUGGCGCGCCUCCAGACGACGCGACCCAUCCACGACGACCCGAUCAACGCUCCUCCUGCCAUGGCUCCUCGCGCCGGCCGAGAGAUGCCCGCUCUCGCCCCCUCUCAAGCUCCGCUGCGUCUUCUCCGGCUCCAGCUACCGCGCGAGCCCGCCGCCGGAAUCAUCCGCGCACCAGAUGAACUGGGUGGCCGCCGCCGACGGCACCGCCGUCCACUACCUGCCCAUCGAACACGAAGACGAUCCUGUCGUCCUCCAUGACCCCCUCACCGGAGCCGCCGCCGCCUGCCAGCUACCUCGCUUGCCGUACCGUCUCUGCCGCCACUGGGGGAGGAAGGACAAGGAGAACCCCCACGGCGUCGUCUACGGCGACGGCACCGUCUUUCUCUACACCAUCUCCUACGAGGCGGCCACCGUGUUCUGGGCGGCGCUCCUGCGUCCCGGCGAUGCCAUGUGGACGCUCGUGGAGAGAACCCUGGAAAACCCCAACAGGAGAGGCGAGUCAUGCGCCGCGUACCACAAUGGGAAGAUCCUGGUUACCGUGGAGGCUAGCCGCUGGCACGUCUUCACACCGAAUGGCGACAACAUCGUUGCCGACGACGAUGUGCGGGUCCUGAGGCCGUGGAUUCCAGGUGAGCGCGACAACGAUUAUCCCUCUCGAUACAGCUACGUCCUGGAGUCCCAUGGCGAGCUUCUAUGGGCGUUGGUCCGGGUUAAGCUGCGUUACCCAAACAACGAUGGCAUGAGCGGGCUGGUCAGCGACGUAUCGAUGUCGGUGUACGCGCUAGAGGAGGACAUGUCGGCGCCGGCGCCGGAGAAGACGAUGCGGUGGGUGAGGAAACACUGCCGUAGCUUUGCUGGCCGCGUGCUUUUCCUGGGGUCGCCCAACAGCUUCGCCCUCGACGCCGAGCAGCUCGGCAUCCAUGGCGGCUACGCCUACUUCGUCUACUCCAAUAAUGGUCCGCCCUUGUCGCGUGAACAAUAUUACAGCGUGCUGAGGUACAACCUCGUCGCCGGCAAGGCCGAGCUCGUCGAGCGGCUGCCUCAAGGAUGGGACAAUGACAUGUGCACUUGGCUCGUCCCACAACCACCCAUUGCUCCAAUUCAGGAGAUCACUAUGAGGUCUCUGGAGGCUCGUGCACUGAAGAAGAAGAAGCAAAAGAAGAAGAACGAGUCGGCGGCUCAUGGAAUUACUAGUCCUCCUCCAACACGACCCAUUGUUCACAUCGACAGACAUUACGAGCUUUGUUUCACGGUGGUUGUGUCCAAUCUGCCUCUCAAGGUGAAGAGCUCUCAGCUACGGCUCUUCUUCAACAAACACCGCAAAGUGUCCGGCAUCAAAAUGAUCGGCCACGACGAGGCCACCUCGCAGAGUAUCGGUGUCGUAACCAUAGGGACGCCGCAUGCCCAUCGGGAAGAAGCUCUCGCAGCUCUGAACGGGCUGGUUUUCGACGGACGACGCCUCGUGGUUUUCUAGACCCCUUAGGCUUUGUUCGAUACUCCUAGUGUUUAGAUCUAGAAUUUCGGAAUUUAUUUUGAAUUUCAAAAACCAGUUAGCUUGUUUGGCUAUUAUAGAAUUCAUACAGUAAUUUGAUCUGAAAAUCCAUUGAAUCGCACCCA